UUGCCGUUUCAGGGUGAAACAUCCAAGUGCCUCGAAGAACUAUCCAACGUCAAUGGCAAUGGCACAACUGAAGACGAUACAAUUAUCAUUGCCGACGCGAUCGUAACUUGCCAUAUCAAAGAGGGUAACAGCGACAAGGCAGUGGAAUACCUGAACACAUUGUUGAAAACUUCUUCAGAGAGAACGCAAGAGAAAGUGUUUGGUCACGCAUGUUUCCUGCUAGCCCGCGAACAAAUUCGGAACGGACACCGCAUAAGCGCUGCACGAUUAGCCAAACGCAUUCUUCGUCUAGCCAAGGCUGCCUCGGACCAUUAUCUCGAAAGAUCCGGUCUUCAACUGCUAGCCACCAUCUACGAAAAACAGCAUGACCCAAAAUCGACCAGGGCCUUGCUCAAGAAGUUCUUAGAUGUUCCUGGAGCGACAGUACAAGAACAAGUGCGUGCCUUGCUUCAGCUGGCAGCUCUAGCCCCAGAAACUGGUGAUGAUGCGCUGAAGUACCUCAAUGAGGCACUGGAUCAGGCAAAGAGGUCUGGAAACAUCGACGUCAUUGUAACAGCUCAGUCAGCGAUGCUUCGAUAUUAUAUGUGCUUUACACCUGACAAUGAGCUUUGUCUGAGCGAGCUUUUAUCAGAGCAGAGAAAUCUGCUCAAAGAAGAUAUUGGUAAGUUUCUAGCAUUUAGGCGCAUUCAGAGAUCAUCUGGCUAA